AUGAAUACCAACAACAACAACAACAAAAACUAUAACAUGUCUCCACUCUCUGAUCAUCAGAACAAACCCAUCAUCCAUGAAUUCGAUUUUUUCUCUCAGAAUAACACCAACCAUGCCUCUACUUCUGCUGCACCUCCCCAUCAUCAUUACACCCCUUCUUCUCUUACUGAAUUCAAAGUAAAUACUAGUUUGAAUCUUCUUACCACAAACACAAGCAGUGAUCAAUCAGUGGUGGAACCUGACAUAUCAACUAAUUCAGAAGACAAAAAAGUUAACCUAGAGCUUGAUGUUCUUCAAGCUGAGCUUGAGAGAAAGAAGGCUGAGAAUCACCAGCUGAGGAACAUGUUUGAUGAGGCUAAGAUGAAUUACGAGGCGUUGCAAAUGCAUAUGUUGAGUUUGAUGCAGGAGAGGAAGGUAGAGGAUUGUAAAGAAGAGGAACGAGAAGAAGAGAAACCAAAUGGGAAUGGUGGAGUUUUGAUACCAAGACAAGUUACGGAUCUAGUGAACAACAAUGAGGAAGAUUCUAAGGAUGAAGUUGUUUUUGAUCAUGAUAACAAGGAAUCUGAUCAUGGAAAUGAAAGAAAUGAUAGUCCUUCAAACCAUGUUUUAGCUGCUAAUAAUAAUACUAAUAAUGUUUCAAAUUUUAGUCCUCAAACUAAUGUUGAAGAAGCUGAGGCAACAAUGAAGAAAGCAAAAGUUUCGGUUCGAGCUCGGUCGGAGGCUAAUAUGAUCAAUGAUGGGUGUCAAUGGAGAAAGUAUGGACAGAAGAUGGCGAAAGGAAAUCCGUUUCCUCGAGCUUAUUAUCGAUGCACCAUGGCUUUAAAUUGUCCGGUGAAAAAACAAGUACAAAGGUGUGCCGAGGACAAAUCAAUAUUGGUAACAACAUACGAAGGAAAUCACAACCAUGCUUUGCCACCAGCAGCUAUGGAAAUGGUGCAACAAACAUCAUCGGCUGCAAGAAUGUUACUAUCAGGACCAAUGACAAGUCCUGAUGGACUAAUGAAUCCAAAUUUUCUCACAAGAACAGUGUUUCCUUCUUCUUCAAGCAUUGCAACUAUUUCGGCAUCAGCUCCAUUUCCAACCAUUACAUUGGAUUUAACUCAAUCACCAAAUAAUCUAUUACAGUUUCCUACUCAAACAUUGUUUAACCAGUCACGAUUUUCAGGACUUCAAAUGUCUCAAGAUGCAGAAACUUCUCAAUCUCAACAGACAUCACAGAACCUUGCAGCUGAUCCUGACUUGACUGCAGUUUUGGUAGCUGCUCUUACUUGCAUGAUCGGGGCUUCACAACCAAACAAUAGUAACACAAAAACCAAUAACAAUAAUGGACUUCAAAUGUCUCAAGAUGCAGAAACUUCUCAAUCUCAACAGACAUCACAGAACCUUGCAGUUGAUCCUGACUUGACUGCAGUUUUGAUAGCUGCUCUUACUUGCAUGAUUGGGGCUUCACAACCAAAGGAUAGUAACACAAAAAACAAUAACAACAAUGACAAUGUUAUAUAA